UUCAUCUUCAUCCGAAUCGCGGGACGUGGUCCCGCGGGCUCUUCUAUCGAAAGGAAAAAUCCCCCCUCCCCAUAUCGAAAACGAAAUUUGUGAUGCUGUAUUUGAGGUCACAAAUCGACUUGCCAUGCUAGAAGGCCAAGAGCCGCAGUCGCGGCCUCGUUUGCAGGCAAUUUGUCAUGCUGUUUCCCACUCUCAGAUGCCUCCUGUCAUGCUGAAGAUGCAAGGCUUCCCCUUUCCACCCAGCACUCCAGUCCGCAUCUUUUGUCGUGUAGCAUGACAAAGCUGAUUCGUGACAACAAAUCUGCAUCACAGAUUUCCGUUUUGAUAUGGGGAGGGGGGAUUUUUCCUUUUGAUAUCUUCGUCGUGUGGAGGUGGUCUUCUUUCCUUCUAAGACUUCUAAAUUUUCUAUCCGAGUGCGCGACAACUCCCCCUCACGACCCUCAUUGAUUUGUGUUCUUGCAUGAACAGCAACACAAGCGCUGGCAAAGAUGCAGCUUUUGCAUGACAAAUUCCUUAGAGGAUCACUGUAGUGCUGUUUUGGCUUUCGGAAUCUGUCAUGCAAAGUAGAGUGCUAACAGGCACAAGGUAGAUUUCAGAUUUUGCAUGACAAAUGAGGGGGAGGGGGAGUUGUGCACUGUCAUAUCUUCCUCGUCCUUCACCUUCUCAUCGUCGCCAACGUCAUCAUCUUCCUCUAUUACCUUACCGUAGUAGUUGACCAUACUUGUCGUACCAGCAGAAGUGUGAAUUGCA